UGCCCGGCAGAGGAAGGGGCGGUAGGGACGUGGGAUCCGGGAGGGGCUGUCGGGCUGCCCACUGACCCUGGCCCACCACCCUCGCAGCCAUGUCCUAUCCAGUGACCAGUCAGCCCCAGUGCGCCAGCAGCUGCUACCAGACCCAGCUCAGUGACUGGCACACAGGACUCACGGACUGCUGCAACGACAUGCCCGUCUGUCUGUGCGGCACUUUCGCCCCACUGUGUCUCGCCUGCCGCAUCUCGGACGACUUUGGGGAGUGCUGCUGCGCGCCCUACCUGCCCGGAGGCCUGCACUCCCUGCGCACAGGCAUGCGGGAGCGCUAUCAUAUCCAGGUGCGUGCGAGUCGCGGGCCGGGGUGGGGACGGACCUCCUGGGACCCUAGGUGGGGCUCCUAACCUCUCUCUCUCUCUCCUACCCUCUAGGGCUCUGUUGGGCACGACUGGGCGGCUCUCACCUUUUGUUUGCCCUGCGCCCUCUGUCAGAUGGCGCGGGAAUUGAAGAUCCGAGAGUAAAGAAGCUCCCCGCGCCCCCUUUUCCACCUGUCCCGCCCCGGCCCCUCUGUCCUCUCUGCCCUCUCGUUGGGAGGGCCUGCCCCUCCGCCCUAUCCCGCUACCAGAAAUACACCCACAA